AUGAAGACUUGUGGGGCUCUUCGCUCCUGGGGUCGAGUGACUUGGAGAAGUCAUGGCUCCACGGAGAACUCCGUGCACGCCAAGGUGGUGCUGGCCGUGGGCCGCGGUGCCAUGCUGGACUUCGCCAAGGCGGUCGCGUGCAUGGUCCCGCUGCGGGGCGCCUCCCCCGGCCGCACGGGCCGCGCGGGCCUGCUGCGAACGGAGCAGUUCUUGCUACAGACAGGUGGCGAGAUGAGCCGAGAGGCCGCGACCUUGCUGCCAGGUGCUUCUCUGCCUCUGCUCCUGGCUCCCAGCCACGCGACCGUGGCAGCGACCAGCGGCCGCUGCUUGCUGCGUGACGCGCCGGGCAAAGCACUGGUGCCGCUGGCGCUGGCGGGGCCAGGGCCCUUUGGCGUGGGGGUGGGUAUUCAAGCCACUCAGGUGCUCGCAGAUGUCUCCCUCACGCGGCACCAAUCGGCACGAGGGCGAACGGCCGCGGUGGCCCAUGCCAUGAGCAUUUUCGUGGACGGUGCGGCAGCGGCAGGGGGUACCAUCAAGGAGAAGCAGCUCGUGGAUGACAUGAUGGUGGGCCUUGGCUCCAGCUUCUCGGCCUUGCGACAGCCGAUGGACGCCGAGGUGGACGUGCUCGAGGCCGUGCUACGUGCGGGCGUCAGCGCGGCAGAUGCCGAUGCCAACGCACGAGGGGAACUGUGUGUGGUGCAUGCGCUCGCCUCCGUGUUGGCCGGUACUCGCGAUGUGCCCUUCCCCUUGGCCUGUCGUGUUCUACUUCCAUUAGUCCUACGUGCUUGGGCCGAGCAUUCCGAGCUUUGCGAGCCUCAAGUGACCUCCCUCAGCGCCAUCGCCUCAGCUCUCCUGGGCACCCCGCAGCUCUCAGCUGCGACGGCCGCGACGGCCCUGCUGCGCCUGGCGGACUGGAUCGACGGCGCUUGCUCCGCCGGCGGCCUGGCACCGCAGCUGCCCACAGACGCGGAGGAGUGCGCCGCCUCCGCGGCCGCGCUGCUGGCGAUGCACACGGAGGAGGCGCCGGUGGCGCAGCAGCGGCCGAGGCCCAGCUGGGUGGAGCCGGAGGCCUUGACGAAGAUCUUCCGGAACGCGCUGGAAGAAAAGGGUGGGGCGUUGAGUGGGGGAGAUGGAUGGCGGCUGGCGUGA